CCCAACAUCCAAUUUCCAACCUCCUCACAGCUUUUCUAAUCCCACAUCUUCUUACCCCUCUUCUUUAAACCAGAAUUACCUCAAUGAUUCUUCCCUUCACUCUGCUAUCAACCUCCUCAAUAUCAACCACAUAAAUCAUUUUGCUGAAGGAUCCAACCCACUCCUUAACCAACAGGAAGGUGCAAGUUUGAACGACCUUACCAAAGUUCAGAUAAACCCUCCAACCCCUAUUAAUUCUCCCAUUUCAAGUACCCCCACCUCUGUCAACAGGGAACCUGUAAGCCUCCCUAACAUGGAACUUAGAAGUAACAAUGAUACUUCUAAUCUCAACUGCUUUGGCAAUGCCAGAUUCUCAAUGAGACCUACAUGGUUACCACCUAAUGAUUCAAAUCUCAAAUGGACCUGGAUUGAAGGAUUUGGUCCAUUUAUAACAAAUGGUCAAAGUUGCCAUCCACAGUUUAAAGCCUCUGACAUUGAGAGUGAUACUACUGUUGUGAUGUUUAAUUUAGAUCAAUUGAAUAAAGAAAGACCAGAAGCUAGGCAAGAUCAAGGAUGGGCAAAAGGGUGCAUUCCAGAGUCCCCUGAUUCCUUCAUUGAGUCUUUGGUUCAGAGAGUUGAUCGCGGGAGAUUUAGAUUUAAACUAGGAGGCUCAAGUCAUGGGCCAAGUUUAAUUGAUCCAUUUGCUAGAGAGGCCUAUCUCAGUGUUGAACAGGGUCCUGAGUCCACACAGCCUCAACAAAACAUGCAUGCAAGCCCAUCCUUUGAAAAUCAGCCCAAUACUAAUGAGGUCACAGUGGGAGAAUUAAGCCCAUUUGAACUUCUUAAUUUGGGACCAGGGCCCCCAUCUAUCACAAGUUCAAUGCCGUCAUCUUCACAGAACACUUACCUUAGUUGCAAUGAGGUGUGGGAUUCAACCACUGGAAUUGACACCAUCAGAAUCAGUUCUAGGAAAAGGAUCAGAAAAGAGAUUGGAAAGUUUGGCAGGAAUAUAAAACAGAAGUUAUGUUGUGCUAUGUUUGAUGAGGAGGUUCUUCAAGUACAAACUUUGAUAACCCCAGAAAUUUCCACAGAAAAUUGCACUCCUAUCUUUCAUGCUAAAUCAGUUUCAGGGCUUUGGGAAGUUGGCCUUCAACAGCUUCCCAAUCAGCCAUGAGGAUUCUCAGCUGGAACUGUAGGGGGCUGGGCAACACCCUUACAGUUCUACAAUGCCAAAAAAAGGCCUAGGAGCACAAACCAGAUAUUAUCUUUCUAAUGGAGACAAAGUUAGUUCAGGACAAAGGCAGAGAAAUUUUGGAAAAAUGUGGAUUUUUGAAUGGUUGGGAAUUUCUGAGGGAAGGUCUGAGUGGUGGUCUACUUCUUGGUUGGCAGCAAAAUGUGAAUCUCCACCUCCAAUAUGGCUCCAAGCACCUAAUUCAUGUUGAUCUCCUUGACCAUAAAGGUAUCAAAUAGCUUUCAAUCAAAUACAAGAAAUCAGACCAACAGUGAAGUAGACCGUACAGAGAAUCCCUCAUCAAAACUGG